AUGGGCUUCCUUACGGCCCUAACGCUCGCGAAGAGCAAGACCAAGGAGGAAGUCACGCCUAUCGAUCCUGUCACCAAUGUUGCUGUCGAUGCGGAGAAGAGCGCUGAGUCUUCCACUCCUUCGGAGAAGGCCAACGAUGAUGCUACAUUCACUGCCAAUGCACAGGCAGGUGUCAAGAGGGUCGAGGCAGCUACAACUGUCUGGACGAAGUGGCAUCUUGUCGGUGCUUAUGUGAUCAUCUGGUGGAUCUACUUCGUGACUGCAUUGCAGGAGGUCGUCGUUCGCGCCCUGAACCCUUAUGUUGUCAGUGCCUUCAGACUUCAUUCACUUACUGCUGCUACCGGUAUUGUCUCCGCGAUAGUUGGUGGUCUCUUCAAGAUCCCACUUGCGAAGUUGCUCGACACAUGGGGCCGUCCUCAAGGUCUCCUGGUCUCGCUCUUUCUGUGGAUCGUAGGAUAUAUCAUGAUGGCUGGCUGCAAAAACGUUGAGACAUACGCAGCUGCACAGGUUUUCUCAUCUACUGGAUCUCAGGCCGUGUCGUACAUCCUCACCGUCUUCAUCGCCGAUACCAGCAGCCUAAGAAACCGUGCUCUCAUGCUCUCGUUCGCGACUUCACCUUAUAUCAUCACAACCUGGAUCGGAGGACCUGUUGCGCAAUCCGUCUUGCACGGCCCAGGUUGGCGAUGGGGUUUCGGGAUCUUCGCUAUCGUAAUCCCUGUUAUCGUAGUUCCUCUCGCCGUUCUUGUGCUUUAUAACGAUCGCAAGGCUAAGAAGAUGGGUUUGCUCGAUGAGACCAAGGUCAAAUGGACAGCAGCCAACAUCAAGAAGUUCUGCGUGGACAUCGAUCUGAUCGGCAUCUUAAUCCUGACGGCUGGUAUGGCUCUAUUCCUGCUGCCUUUCAGCUUGUGGUCCUACCAAGGCGAGCAGUGGAAGUCGCCUAUGAUCAUUUGCAUGAUCGUCUUUGGAUUUAUCCUUCUGAUCGCUUUUCCCAUCUGGGAAAAGUUCUUCGCCCCGGUUACAUUCAUCCCAUACGAGCUGCUCCUGGACCGCACUGUCUUCCUGGCUGGAUGCAUGUUUGUCUUCGUCUACUUCAACAGCUCGGUUUGGGGCUCCUACUUCUCCUCCAUGCUGCAAGUCGUCUGGAAUCUUAGUGUCACCGAGGCCUCAUACGUGACCCAGGUCUUCCGUGUCGUCCAAUGCGGAUGGUGCUUCUUCAUCCUUGGGCCUCUCAUCCGCUAUACUGGACGCUUUAAGUGGACCAUCGCGUACUUUGCGCUGCCUCUCGAUAUUCUCGCGAUCGGCCUCAUGAUCCAUUACCGCCAGCCGGGUACCAGCAUCGGCUACAUCGUUAUGACACAGAUCUUCACGGCCGUAGCUGGAGGAACCAUUGUCAUCGGUGGUGAGCUCGCGAUGAUGGCACCCUCCGAUCACCAGCAUAUCGCUGUCAUUCUUGCCAUCCUCAACCUCUUCUGCUCCAUCGGUAGUGCAGUCGGUUCGACCGUUAGCGCGGCGAUAUGGACUGCGACCUUCCGCGAGAAUCUUCACAAGCACGUUCCGGAGGGUGUCAAUAUCAACGAUAUCUACGCUGCUUUGCCUAAGCAAUUGUCGUAUAAGUGGGGCUCUCCUGAGCGCAUGGGUAUUGCGAGGGCUUAUGGUGACUCGCAAAGGCUUAUGCUGAUCACCAGUAUUUGCAUGCUGUCGCUGGCUCUCAUCUGCGCUGUGUUCAUUCGCGAUAUCAACAUCAAGCACAACAAGCAGGUCAUUGGUCGCGUUGCCUAG